AUGCCUAAAGUCCAUCUCCUCGAUUAUGUAGCGGGCAACAUACGCUCCCUUGUCAACGCGAUCGAAAAAUGCGGCUACGAAGUCGAAUGGAUAAGAUCGCCUGAGGAUGUCAAGACCGCUGACAAGAUCAUCCUUCCUGGUGUCGGACAUUUCGGGCACUGCCUGACAUCUCUAUCCAAGGCCGGGUACCUCCCAGCUCUACACGAACACAUCAAAGCCGGGAAACCCUUCUUCGGAAUCUGUGUAGGGUUGCAGGCCCUGUUCGCUGGAUCUGUUGAGGCGCCUGGGGUUACUGGACUGGGACUUCUGUCUACGACACUGGAACGCUUCAGUCCGACAAACGGUGAUGGGUCGAAGAAGUCGAUUCCGUGUAUUGGCUGGAACGACGCGACGAUUGUUCAUGAGUUCAAGGCUUCAGGACCUGUCACGGAGUUUUCGACCAAGUCGUUUUAUGGAUUGAACCCAGGCUCUAAGUACUACUAUGUUCACAGCUAUUUCGUCCCUUACGAACAGGGGAAAAUGGAGGCAGAUGGCUGGACUGUUGCAACGGCCAAAUAUGGCGAUCAGACUUACGUUGGGGCUAUUGGGAAGGAGAAUGUUUUUGCGACUCAGUUUCAUCCUGAGAAGUCGGGAGCUGCGGGAUUGAGAGUCAUCAAAGCUUUUCUGGAUGGAAGUCAGUGGUCGGAACCUAUUCCGCAACAGGGUGUGAGUAAUGGCAUCGCGACUAUAUCUCCUCCUCAAGCCUCACGCGCGGGCGGUCUCAAUGGUCUGACAAGAAGGAUUAUUGCCUGUCUGGACGUCCGUACUAACGAUGCUGGAGAUUUGGUUGUUACUAAAGGCGAUCAGUACGACGUUCGAGAGAAGAAUGAUAACAAGAACGUACGAAAUCUUGGUAAGCCUGUUGAAAUGGCGAAGAAAUACUACACACAAUCUGCGGAUGAGGUGACUUUCUUGAACAUCACGUCCUUCCGUGAUUGUCCUGUGACAGAUCUGCCGAUGCUGGAGAUUUUACGACAGACUUCGAAGUCUGUCUUCGUGCCGCUGACUAUUGGUGGCGGCAUACGAGACAUGGUCGAUCCAGGAACAGGAAAGGAGAUCAGUGCGCUGGACGUGGCGAAGCUGUACUUCGAGUCUGGAGCAGACAAAGUAAGUAUCGGUUCUGACGCGGUAGUCGCAGCACAAGAGUACUACAAGAAUGGUGGCAAAGGGUCGGGAAAGAGCGGUAUAGAAACAAUCAGUGCAGCAUAUGGUCGACAGGCAGUCGUGGUGUCUGUCGAUCCGAAACGUAUCUUCAUCAAGUCACCUUCCGAAGCACCAGAAGGAGUUGACCCCAAACACGUCAUCAAGACAAAGCUAUCAGACCCAAAGACAGUUCGUGCCCUUGUCACCGCUGUUGAAGCUCUCGGCGCUGGUGAGAUUCUGCUCAACGCUAUUGAUCGUGACGGGUCAAAUUCAGGCUAUGACCUAGAGCUCAUUGCCGAUGUCAAGAGCGCAGUUGAGAUACCUGUCAUUGCAAGUUCAGGGGCAGGUACUCCGGGACAUUUUGAGGAAGUUUUCAGGGAGACGAACGUUGAUGCUGCGUUGGGAGCGGGCAUGUUUCAUAGAGGAGAGUAUACAGUGCAUCAGGUCAAGGAGGAGCUGGAAAAGGCUGGGUAUCUAGUCAGGAGGUGGGAGGGUGAAGAUGUGUAG